AUGGAUCCCCAGCCCGGCUGCGUGGUGGUCACGGGUUUUGGGCCCUUCCGGCAGCACCUGGUGAAUGCCAGCUGGGAAGCGGUGAAGGAGCUCUCCAAGCUGGGCCUGGGUGGUGACUUGGGAGUGGAGCUGCGGACUCUUGAGCUGCCCGUGGACUACAGGGAGGUCAGGAAGAGGGUCGCUGGGAUCUGGGAAGACCUACGACCGCAACUCGCUGUGCACGUGGGCAUGGAUGCCUCCACCAAGGUGAUCAUUCUGGAACAGUGCGGCAAGAAUCGCGGCUACUGGGAUGCGGACGUGCGGGGCUUCCGGCCGGAGGAUGGCAUGUGCCUCCCAGGUGGUCCGGAGGUGAUGGAGUCUGUGGUCAGCAUGAAGGCGGCCUGCAAACACAUCGCCCUGGAGGGUGUCGACGUGGCCUUUUCCCGAGAUGCGGGCAGGUACAUCUGUGACUACGCCUACUAUCUGUCCCUGUAUCUGGGAAACCGCUGCGCGGUGUUGGUCCACGUGCCACCCUUGUCGCGCUGUCUCUCUGCCCACCUGCUGGGAGAAGCCUUACAGGUUAUUGCCCGGGCACUGUUGGAGCAGAGCUCCACAGCCCGUGCCCAGGGCCUGGCUGGCAGAACACACGGCCACAUGGAUUCUGACCAUGGAGAAUGGCCGGGUGUGUUGUUUAGUAUGUUGCGGGCAAUGACCAUCACCACCCAUCCCUAG